CAGCUGACACAACCUUCCUAAUAUUGUCUUCCGAGUUCACCUCCUCUCCUAUAUAUCUCUUACAUAUGAACAUGAUAUAAGAAGCAUCCAGAAGGCAAACACAUUCCCAAAAGAAGCAUUGACAAGGCGUUUGGUCUUCUGGAGAGUCUGGUUUUCAGAUCAGAUCAGCCAUGGGAGGAGGCAACGGACAGAAGGCCAAGAUGGCACGCGAGAGGAACAUGGAGAAGCAAAAAGCCGCAAAGGGUAGCCAGCUUGAGACCAACAAGAAGGCCAUGUCCAUCCAGUGCAAGGUGUGCAUGCAGACAUUUAUAUGUACCACCACAGAGGUGAAGUGUCGAGAACAUGCAGAAGCAAAGCACCCCAAGUCCGAUGUCUUUAUGUGUUUCCCGCAUCUCAAAAAAUGAUCCCUAAAACUGGUGUAGAAUGUGUGGCAGAUCAUGUGUAUCUUCUUGCUCUGUAAGCACUUCUUAGUUAGUGAAGUGUUUCCAUUAAAGACUAAAGAAGUGCACUUCGAAUGUAAAGUUAUUUAACUUAUUUUCGCCUUAGCAAAUAUAUCAAAAACUCGGUAUUUAUGUGAUUCA